AUGAGCAGUGAAGAAACAUGUGAUUGGCAGUUGAAGGUUGGGCUCGGUCGGGGUCAAGAGAUGGAGGCAUCCAAAGUUGCUGAGGUUGAGGAAAUUGCGGUUGAAGUGGACAACGGUAAAGUUAUGAUGGAAACUGAAGACACUGUGGAUGUCAGGGGAGUGUUGGUACAAAAUGUUACUCCUCCGAUAGCAGCCCAACAAGAUGGAGAUGGAUUUACAGUUGUGGUUAACAGGAAGAAUAAGUCCAAGGCUGCUCUCAAGGUUCUGCUAGUGGAUCAUAUGCAUUGGAAGUUAGCAAGAAUCUUGAUGUGGUUGCCAGGUUAA